AUGUCUUCUGGCAACGAUAACAACGACAACCCCAACCUCGUUGGAGGUCUCGGUGAUACCCUAGGAAAGACCGUGGGCGGACUCGGAGACACCGUCGGAAGCACUGUGGGUGGACUCGGACAGACUGUCGGCGGCGCAACCCAGGGUCUAGGCAAGACUGUCGGCGGUGCUACUGAAGGCCUGGGCAACACCACCCGGGGCGUCGGACAGUCGACUGGAGAUAUCCUCAGCAGCAUCAAUGGCGACAGAUCAGGUGCGAAUGCUGAGCGCAAGUAA